CAGAGGGGGAUUUAGGAGUGAUUCAGUCUGUCUUCGUGUAUAUUUUGAGACUGCUAUAAAAUGUACAACCACGGUGGAUAUGGUGGCGAGAGCAUGGGUGGAGGAGGAUACACACAGUCUCCAGGGGGCUUUGGCUCGCCCUCAGCCUCACAAGGAGAAAAGAAAGGGAGGAUGCGCGCACAGCACAUCAUCCCCUGCACCGUCUCCCAGAUCAAGAACGCUGUGCAGUCAGAAGACGUCUUCAGGGUCGGAGAGGUGGAGGUUGCUCAGGUCACGAUAGUGGGGCUAAUCAGAAGCAUGGACAAGUCCAUGACCAAUAUCCAGUACAUAGUGGAUGACAUGACUGCUGCCCCCAUGGAUGUGAAGCAGUGGGUGGACACUGAGGAUCCCAGCGUGGACAGCACAGUUAUCCCCCCAGGCACCUACGUAAAAGUCUCCGGCAACCUACGCUCCUUCCAGAACAACCGAUCCCUGGUGGCGUUCCGCGUGCGGCCCCUGGAGGACAUGAAUGAGAUCACCUCUCACAUGCUGGAGGUGGUGCAAGCUCACAUGGUGCUCAGCAAACCACAGGCCACGAUGGCUGGUGGCGGCGGAAUGGGCAUGGGCUCCAUGCCCACCUCCAACAUGGGGGGCAUGAGCAGCAUGGGGGGUGGCGGUAGCUACAGCGGAGGUGGUGGGGGAUACCAGGGUGCCAGCAACAUGGCCUCCAACGGACUCAGCGCCAACCAGAACCAGGUGCUGUGUUUGAUCAAGAGCUGCCCAGACGCACAAGGCAUCAGCAUCCAGGAACUCAAGCAGAGACUCAGCGGCAUGAGCGUCACCACCAUCAGGCAAGUGGUCGACUUCCUUAGCAACGAGGGGCACAUUUUCUCCACUAUUGACGAGGAUCACUACAGGUCUACUGACAACGAGGUCUAGGCUUUUGACGUUGGAUUUUGAACCCCCUUUGCCCACCCUGGUUUAUGGAUAUUUAGUAUCCCCCCCACACACCUGACACGAUCUGUUUUGUCCUGCACUUGCUGAUGCUUGGCUUUGUGACUAUGAGCCAUUGGUUAGCCUCGGAAACCUCAAACUAACUAAACAUAUCGGCAGGUUUCCUGCCUCUGUGCUCAUGUGAUGUAUUGUAUAAAAAAGAAAAAGGGGUUAGUUGCAAGUGUUGUGGGUUUCCUGAGCUGUUGUCUCUCCAUACCCGAAGAAUCGUGAGUUAAACAGAAGAGCAGUUAGUAAUGUCUUUGUUUUAAUAUAGGGCAUUACAAAAUGACAUUACAUCGUUUAUCAUUACUUGGUUAAGUUACUUUGUAAAUGUUCCUUUUUUGUCCAAGAGAAAAAUAAAAUAAAACAUGUUUUCUUAAAUAUC